UCCCCAAGCCCAAGCUCUCUCUCUUACACUUUUUCUCCUCUUUUUUUUUUUCCUUCCUUAUUACAAACAAAACAAAAAAACAACGUUUUAAUUCGUUCAUUAGUAACAACACUCUCUGCACACAAAGAGCUAGUAGUGUCGUGCUACAGUAACAUCCUCUGCUUGAAUUAGGUUUUGGUUUUGUUCAAAAAUGAACAUCUUCAAGAAGAAAACCACACCCAAAGAAGCUCUGCGACAAAGUAAGAGAGAAAUGUCUGUGGCAACAAGAGGAAUUGAAAGAGAGAUAGCAUCGCUUCAGAUGGAGGAAAAGAAGUUGGUGGCAGAGAUUAAAAGAGAGGCAAAAACUGGAAAUGAGGCUUCUACUAAAAUCCUGGCUAGGCAGCUAGUUAGGUUACGCCAACAGAUAACCAAUCUGCAGGGAAGUCGUGCACAGAUCAGGGGUGUAGCAACUCACACACAGGCAUUAUAUGCAAGCACUUCAAUCUCUACAGGAAUGAAGGGUGCCACUAAAGCAAUGGUGGCAAUGAAUAAGCAAAUGGCACCGGCAAAGCAGGCUAAAGUGAUUCAAGAAUUCCAAAAACAAUCAGCACAACUCGACAUGACGAUUGAGAUGAUGUCCGAAUCUAUUGAUGAAACUUUAGACAAAGAUGAAGCCGAGGAAGAAUCAGAAGAACUCACUAACCAGGUUCUUGAUGAAAUUGGAGUGGAUAUUGCAUCCCAGUUAUCUUCUGCUCCGAAAGGUCGGAUUGCUUCAAGGAAUGCUGAAAAUGCCGCUCCAAGAUCAGAAUCCCAAGAUGUUGAAGAACUUGAAAAGAGAUUGGCUUCUCUUCGAAGAAUAUAAAGAUCUGCUACAGCUGUUGAUAGAUAUGUUUCUUAAUGUAUAAUAUAUAGCAACAAUAAGAUUGUAUUAACGGCACCUCAUUUUGUUUCUGAUUAUAUUUGAAUGUGUUAGAUAUAAAGUAUAGUUGUGAGACAUGAAUGUAUCACUAGCAGAAAUAUUUAUAAAUUCUGUGUGUUUGUUUAGGAUCUAUCUAAUAAACAUAAUGAAAAACAAUCCUAACUAAAUGUUUCAAGUGGCAGUCAAUAAGCUACUUCGGUCGGUACUA